AUGGCAGAGAAGUACCUCAUCCGCGUCACCGCUGGCCCGGGGUACGACGUCGCCUCCCACGUCGAGGUGCCCGUCAACUCGCCCGCGGUCGUGCGCGUCGCCAGCGCGCUGGUCGACGCCGAGCUCAACGUGCGCGUGCAGAACUACCGCGGCCUGCCGCGCGGCGCGCCGCCCAGCUCGCCCUACUUCGCGAUGGAGCCCCACGCUGGCAACGGCGACCAGUACAGCGUUGCCGUGCGGUUCCGGCUGCGGGCGCCGCCCGAAGGAGAGCAGGGGCAAAAUGAUGUUGACGAUGACGAGAGCGAGGGCGAGGGUGCGCAACAACCGGCCGGCGUCUCGGGCACGGACCUGCAGUUCGGCAACGAUUUCGACCAUCCGAUCCGCGACCGGCUGCCCCCGGGGUUCGGCACGGCCAUGAACAUCGUCAAGUGGUGGAUUGACCCGGGGCUGGAGGGCGAUCCGUACGCCGACAUGCCGUACCUGUACGGCCCCGCGCUGAGCUCGUUCAACACGGUGCAUGUCGGCGAGGGCGAGCACGACGAGGCCAAGGGCGGGCUGUGGUUCGACGAGGGCGGGGACGAGGCCGGGAUGGCCUGGCGCAGGGCGCUGGGCGUGCCCGACGACGCGAGGGCCAGGAUGAAGUGGGCGCUGAAGGUGGAGAACAAGGAGCGGUGGGUGUGGGAAUACGGCCGGACCUACGGACUCGACUUCUUCAACCCGUACAUCGACUUCAACGAGUUCGCGUUGAGGCUGCCGGGGUUUAACCUGCCGAUAAUGAGGUAUUGGGAUGGACAAGGGUUGAGGCACCACCGCAAGCGCUCACACCAGCUCAGAUACGUCCUCCGUAACCGCUCAACCGGACAAGUCUACCUCGUCGUGCUGUUCACACUGCAUCUCGCCGAGGAUAUCAACGAAGAUGGCACGCUAAAGCCUGCCGCCUGGGAAGCGUUAAUUCGGGCGUCCGGUGGGAAGGGCUUCAAAGAAGCGGAGUUGCCCGUGCCGGAACCGGAACUCGAGUUGGAGCCGGAAACCGAGGACUUUGAGGACGAGGAAGCAAUAGCCGAGGCGAGGAGGAAUUUAUCGCGCAUCAACCUGAACGGAGAGACGUGGACACAGGAUGAUGAUGUAGAUUGA